AUGCCUCCCCCCGUUGAGGAUCUCUCGGAUGACGAGUCCACUGGCGGAUCUAUCCCUUACAACAACGUUGAACACGACAAGGACAACGCUGGCGACGCGAAGGAGGACGAGGAGGACGAUGAGGACGAUGAGGAGAAUGAGGAAGAGGGGCUGUACACCGUUGAAAAGAUCAUGGGUCAUGAGUUCACAAAGGAUGGCAAACUUAUGCUUCAAGUGAAGUGGCAUGGCUACGACGACCCAGCAGAUCAGACAUUAGAACCAGAAGAGAACCUCCUGGAGGGCGCAAAGGAGAUCUUAGAUGAAUACUUCAGAGCUCAAGGUGGUCGGCCGGAGAAACCAGUUGCAGUCCGAAAGCGAAAGUCAAUGGGAAGCGCUAAGGCGGAGUCUGAAACACCAGCAGAGCCUAAGCGACGCAGAAAGUCUAGGGCCAAUGCAGAGACCAGCACAGAGACGCCAGAGGCAAGCGAUGUACCUGAUUGGGUGCCGCGAUCGAAGAGCUGGGAGAAAGACGUACAGAAAGUUGAUACCAUCAUUCGCGACCCCAAGACGAACUCGUUGAUCGCAUUUCUGAAAUGGACCAAUGGCAAAACAGCCAAGGUCUCCAUCGAAACAUGCUACGAAAAAUGCCCAAGACAGAUGCUCAAGUUCUACGAGCAACAUCUGGUCUUCAAAGACGCUUAA